GGUAGCUUCGAGAAAUCUCCACCGUGCCAAUCAACCUUUUGACGGGUAAAAUUAAAAUCCCCAAUCUACGAAGUUUGCUUCAUGAAUUAGGCGUAUUCGCUGCUUUUUAAUCGGUUCUGUAGGCGGAUUUGGAUCAUCGUGAGGGUUGAUUUAUAGUUAUCUUUCUUUUUUUCCAUCUGUCGUUAAUUGGCUUGAGGUGAUAAUUGAACAAGAGGCAAUGGCGGGUGGGAAUUUCAUGCACAGAGUGAUUUCUUACGUUGUCAAUGAGGUUCUUGUCAAUGGUCUUGCUAACAGUCCUGCAUUUCAGAGGUUCGCAGUAAGGACAUCUAGAAGGAUUGAAGAUAUCUCAAAUAUUGCUGAAAAAAAGAAGCGAGAACUUGCGGAGCAAUUGAAAGAUAUCUCCAAGAAUAUGGAUUCCUUCAAGAACCAGUGAUGUAUGGCGGUGGUUAUUAUCUUUGACUCCUUGUUUAUCCCACUAUAAUGGCGCGGGAAACUACAGAGAUGUGUAAAUAAGAGAAUGUCACUAUAAUGCUAGCUGUCAAGUUGAUGGAUUUAUAUUGGUGAAAGAUAUAGUUUAGGGCUUGUCUAGUCCUCUGUGUGGCCUGUAGACAUGUUGUGUUUUAGGGUACUCUUUUUCGAGAUGCUGCAAGGGAUUUUUGGUGCUGUUCUGGCAAGGGAUUUCUGGAUAACGUUAUAUGAACUAUUGAAUCAAUAUUAUUUUUCGGAUUUAGAUUGCACAA